AUGCGUAACCAUGGCAACAAGGUGCUUUUUAACCACCAGGAGCAGCUGAUUAACGUCUCAAAAGCUCAAAUACUGCCACUGCAGCCCCAAAUCCCUGAAAAGGAGGUGCCGUGGAUGAAUUCCCAUCAACCUGGCAGCGGUGCUCGAGUGCUUGACUGCCGAGAUCCUGGAACUGGGUCAUCCUCCAGCACCUUCAGCUGUCUUUCCGUGCAUCAGUAUUAUAAUUCCAUGCCAGAGGAGAAAGUCCCCUACAUUAACAGCCCUGGAGAAAAAUAUCGCAUCAAGCAACUUCUUCACCAGUUGCCACCACAUGACAAUGAGGUACGUUACUGUAACGCCCUGGACGAGGAGGAGAAACGAGAGCUGAAGAUCUUCAGCAACCAGAGGAAAAAGGACAACCUAGGGAGGGGUAAUGUCCGUCCUUUCCCCCUCACCAUCAGCGGAAUGAGCUGUGAAAAGUGUGGUGGCCAGAUAAAUGGAGGCGACAUCGUAGUUUUUGCUGCCAGGGCAGGGCCUGGAAAGUGCUGGCAUCCUCCUUGCUUUGUCUGCUGCACAUGUGAGGAACUGCUGGUGGAUCUUAUAUACUUCCACCAGGACGGAAAGAUCCUCUGCGGCCGGCACCACUCCGAGAGGCUGAAGCCCCGCUGCUGUGCCUGUGAUGAGUUAAUCUUUGCUGAUGAAUGUACCGAAGCAGAAGGAAGGCACUGGCACAUGAAACACUUCUGCUGCUAUGAAUGUGAGACCACCCUCGGUGGACAGCGUUACAUCAUGAAGGACGGACGGCCUCACUGCUGCAACUGCUUUGAGUCUCUUUAUGCAGAAUACUGCGAUGCAUGUGGAGAGCACAUAGGCAUUGACCAAGGCCAGAUGACGUAUGAUGGGCAGCACUGGCACGCAACUGAAGAAUGUUUUUGCUGUGCGCGUUGCAAGAGAUCUCUGCUGGGCCGCCCUUUCCUUCCUAAGCAAGGGCAGAUCUUUUGUUCACGUUCCUGCAGUGCUGGACAGGAUCCAGAAGAGUCUGAUUCCUCAGACUCAGCUUUCCAAAGUGCUCGUUCUCGUGAAUCCCGCCACAGCACCAAGAUUGGAAAGAAAGAGCGCAAGAAUGCAGAGCAGGAUCGCCGGAGCAGCGAGCCCCGUCAGUCAGCUCCUCCUCCCAUGCCUGACCGUCUUUCAGCUGAAACUGAUCCCCUCUCUGUUCAGAUGGACAGAUUAAGCCUUUCAUCGAGCCAGACUCCGAGCAGGACACCAAACCGCACACCUAGCCGCACUCCGAGCCGAGCCCCAAGCCUUAACCAAGUGUGGAUGAGCAGGGACGACCCCUACAUCUCUGCUUCUUAUGAGGGGCCCCAGCGGGAUCCCUCACCCUCCCCUACCCCUAUACAUCUGAUGGGCCAGUGUAAUGCCAGGCAGGGAUACAAUCCCAACACAAACGCUCAUCCACCUGCCCAAAGUACUGCCAACCCAGGGAAGAGGCCGGAUUCUUGGGGAAAGGAGCAAAGUAAUGCCAAGAGGACCCCUAUGGCUGCCCUGAGGGGCCACUCCUUCAAUGAAAACUGGAUGCACCACAGCCAAGAUGAGUUCAGACCUAACAAGCUUCAUACACAGAUGAGCUUCAAUGAGAUGUCCAACCAAAACCAAGGCUUCUCCGAUAAGAGGAGCAUCAGUCUGCAUGGAUUCCAGAGAGACGGCCGACCCCCACUGACAAGGAGGAACCACAUCACUGCCAUGAGCUUUAAUGAACCGCUCACUCCUCUAGAACAGACCCCUCAUGGAUCCAUGGACUCUCUCACAAUGUCCAAUGCUACAGGUAACUCUCUGGAUGGGGUCAGUAAGCGUCAGGAGCAUCUGUCAAGGUUCUCCAUGCCUGACCUGAGCAAAGACUCUGGUGUGAUUGUGUCUGAAAAGAGCAACAUGGGCACGCUCAGCUCGUCAGUUCAAUUCCACAGCACGGAGUCUCUGUCCUCCUCUCGCCCUUACAACAACAACAUGUAUGCUCCGCUGAGAGUUGGGUACCCACUGCAAUACUGGGAUGGCCCACAAGAUCGAGGCUUCGAUGGCAAAGGUCGAGCUGGAGUGAUGGGAAGCAGCGGAAACCUGCGAAUGGCUCCCAUGAGUGACCGAAUGCCUCGUAGACGCAUAAAUGCUCAGGAAUCAGUCUCCCAACAACAGCAGCCACAACCGAGGCGCCGCAAACACCACCGUGGAACCAAUGGUAGUGGUCAACACCGCAGUAGUCGUCAUCACAAACGCUCUCGGCGUUCUCGGUCUGACAACGCCUUACACCUGGUGGCAGACCGUCCCACUCAAAUGGUUGAGCUUCCCUACCGCCGCGUACAAGAGGAUUAUGAUCGCUUCCCCUCUGGUCAAGCAGCUCGAGAGUUGUAUGGCCUGGAGCCAGGAGGGUACAGACAGCAGUCCCACCGGCCUUGCCCACGCACCACUUCUGAUCUCACCUUGCAGAAUGCUGGCUGGCAACCUGCAGGACUGGGUGGGCCUUGCUGGGGUGAUGGAUACAUGGAAGGUCCUGAUCCGUGGUGUUCCAGCUGCUCCUCUUCCACUGAAUCUGAGCCGGAUGAGCAGUACUUCCUAAGCGACCCAAUCCCUCGGCCCGUGCAGCUGUGCUACAUCAACAAUGACGAUCUGCGCCAUCGUUACAGCCCAUCUGGGAUGGGCGCCCAUCAUGGACCUCUGCAUGGACCAAUUCAUGGCCAGCUGCACGCCCGCCAGAGGAGGAAGAGCAAAAACUGUAUAAUUUCCUAGAUUUAGAGCAAGAAUAUAAGGAUGGAUGAGGAGAGUGAGAGAGAAAGGUAAGACGACAGCAAGUGUUAGGAAGAAGGAAUAGAAAGAGUGGGAAGGUGAGAGUGAGUGAUUAGAGAGCUUGUGUGUUCCUGUGUGUGUGUGUG